GGCCUGAAAUCGGAUUAAGCGUCGAGAUAGACAGCUAGACUUCAGCAGGCAUGUGAUGCGUUCUGUGAGCUACCGCUGCAUUUACAUCCGGUGUUGGAUCCACGAUGGUGAGAUGUGCAAGCUGCUGCGGCCAUCCAGUGCGGCGUUUCGAGCUCGGCAGUGCUGUGCCUUUCCUCUAAUGACGUAGCUUUGGACUCGUGCUCUGCAACAUGGAUGUUGCCUGAUGCGGCGAGCCAACAUUACUUUGUACAAAGAGAAGUUCACCGUCCACUUUGAUUCUGUAAGUAUCACUGACUCAACGAUAAAGCGUUAGCCAACCAUUACUCCAGCGAGCAACGGUGCACUUCAAAGCAAAGCUGAGAGUAGAAGCACAACAUGCCCAACCCAAACUACAAUCAACCGUACGAUUCAAACGCGCCGUACCAGACCAAUACAGUUGGCGGGGUGCGUCCAUCUGAACAACAUUCAUCUGCUUCUCACGGGUAUCAACCACCGUCUGGUCCACCACCACCAGGGACCGCUCCUCGCAAGACUGCAACGUUUCAAGAAGCCGAUUUCGUGCCUGCGUCCGAACGUGGAGAGCAGCGAGAGGCCAUCGAGCAGUUCGAAUUGACUCGGCAGAAACCGGAGAGUGAGGCCGAUCGUAACGUGGCAACGUUACAGCAGGAAUAUCCUGGCAUUGAUGGCAGUUUGAUUGCAGCGCUUUAUGGAGAUUCGAAUUCAUUAGCUGCGACGCGAGAAAUGUUGCAGGAGAUCGCGUCUCAGAGUCAAGGCUAAUCGCGAGUAUUCACAACUUCAUGACUGUCGACUAAUGGCACACACCUGGGCAUGCAUACUCAUGGGUGCUAAUCAAAAGAACUCAAUUUUUUAAAUCAGAUACCAAGUUUAUUCAUUGGAUGGCAUCAGACAGCAUUAGUAGUCCUUGUGGUUGGCAUACGAGAACAUCUCGCUCUGCGUCGCCGAUGAAGCCUCCAAUACACCUCCAUGGCAGCUAUGAUUGUCUCUCGUAC